GCAAGGGAAAUCCUGAAAUUCACUUCCGCGAAGGGAAGUCACUCCAUUGAAUCGCCUGUCAAAUGUUCUGAAUUUUGCAAAAUGGGAAGAAACUUAGGUCAAAUUUCACGAUUAUUGCGACAGGCUGAGAAAACCUUUGGAGAAAAUUAUGUUAAGAUUUUAAAUUCCUCAUAUUGCACUCCAACACGUCCUGUAAAGGCAGCUGUCGGACAGAGACUGGCAUUAAAAGAGAAAGAUGUAUCGGCACCAGAAAUACUGACUGACACAUUUGGUCGACAUCAUACUUAUCUGAGAAUAUCAUUGAGUGAAAGAUGCAAUCUUAGAUGUCAGUACUGUAUGCCAGAGGAAGGUGUAGACCUUACACCGAAGGAGAGACUACUGAGUACUGCAGAGAUACUGCGGUUAUCGGAAAUGUUUGUACGGGAAGGAAUUACAAAAAUACGGCUUACAGGAGGUGAACCACUGGUCAGGAAGGAUCUAGUUCAUAUCAUAGAAGGAAUGAAUGAGUUACGUCCCCUCGGUUUACAAACGAUUGCCAUGACUACAAAUGGUGUUACACUUGCAAGAAAACUUCCAUUGUUGAAAGAAGCUGGUUUAGAUUUGCUCAAUAUAAGCCUUGAUACACUGAUUCCUGCCAAGUUUGAGUUUAUAACUCGGAGAAAAGGUUGGGACAGAGUGAUGACAGGGAUAGAUACAGCAUCAGACCUGGGAUAUAACCCAGUAAAGGUGAAUUGUGUUGUGAUAAGAGGUGUAAAUGAAGAGGAAAUCUGUGAUUUUGUUGCAUUGACAGAAAAUAAAAAUAUAGAUGUGAGAUUUAUAGAAUAUAUGCCAUUUGAUGGAAACAAGUGGAACUUCAAGAAGAUGGUGCCAUAUCAGGAAAUGUUGAAGACUAUACAGGAAAAAUAUUCAACGUUAAAUAGGAUAAGUGAUCAGCCUAAUGACACUUCUAAGGCGUACAAGGUUGAAGGGUUCAAAGGCCAGGUGGGAUUUAUUACCUCAAUGAGUGAACAUUUUUGUGGAUCAUGUAACAGACUAAGACUUACAGCAGAUGGAAAUCUUAAAGUGUGUUUAUUUGGUAACUCUGAAGUGUCAUUGAGAGAUGCAUUGCGAGCAGAAUUGCAAGAGGAAGAACUGAUGCAGGUUGUCAGUGCAGCUGUCAAAAGAAAAAAGAAACAGCAUGCAGGUAUGCUAAAUCUGUCCAAAAUGAAGAACAGACCUAUGAUAUUAAUUGGUGAUGUGCAUAUGAAAGGUUGUGAGUUGAGCUCAAAGAUGCUUCCUGUAACCCACAUUUUACCAAAGUCAAGUGAUAUGGUGUAUACCAUAACAUGUAGACAUAUACAUAGUGCUAGUCAAUUCCACUGUAUUAAUGAUAAAUAUAAUCGGAAAUCAAAUAAUAAAUUGAAGGAUUGUGAUUCAGAGAUGGAAGGUGAUCCGGCACGUGAUUGGUCAGCGAUGAGUAAUGAAGAAAUUAAGAAUUAUAAGUAUUGGGAAAUUCCAUUGGAUGAAAACAUUGCAACAGAUUCUUUACAUAAUCAGGAGAAUAAAUCAUUGACAGAUAAUGAAAUGCCUGAAUGUCUUCAUAGUGACAAAGGUUCUGAAGGGGAUAGAAGUAGCAAGAUUAAAAAUCAAGCACUUACACACACUGAUCAAUCUGGACGAUUAAACAUGGUUGAUAUAGGCAGUAAAUUGGAUACUUCCAGGACAGCUGUUGCUGUUGGUACAAUUUUUCUAGGCAAAGAUGCAUUUAGUCUUGUGAAAGAAAACAAAAUUAAGAAAGGAGAUGUGUUAACUGUAGCAAAACUUGCUGGAAUAACUGGUGCUAAACGUACUAGUGAACUUAUACCGCUUUGCCACAACAUUCCUCUUUCAAAAGUAGAUGUAGAUUUACAGCUUGUUGAAGAAUCAUAUGCAGUCAAAGUUUCCUGUCUUGCUAAGACUUAUGGGAAGACUGGAGUUGAGAUGGAAGCCAUUACAGGUGUUGCUAUGGCAACAGUUACCAUUUAUGAUAUGUGUAAAGCUGUUACCAAGGAGAUGGUGAUUGGAGAUAUUAAACUUACACACAAAUCAGGAGGGAAAUCUGGAGAGUACAAUAGUUCAAAUUAAAAAUGGGCAUUGAAAAAAUGGAGAUAUAGUAUUACUGUUAUUAAUUAGUUUAGAACAGCUUGAGUGCACCUUAGCAUAAAAUGCUCAGGGUAAGCUAUUGUGAUUACUCACUGUCUGUCUCUCCAUUCAUUAUUCAUCCAUAAGCUACUUUCUUUAAAGGAAAUGUCCUCGAAAACCAUGUUAAUGGAAGUUGAUGUAACUUGGCAGGGCGUUAUUUGGAUAGUCCUCUUCCAAUGUAGUUAAAAAACCAUUCCCAGCAGAUCUGUAGUUGCCGUGACAAUGGAAAGGAACAAAACUCUUUUAAAAAUCUUCCUAUCUUGUCAUAUUCAUCGGCCAGAUUUCAUAAUAAUUUUUACAUCCGUGAUCCUUGCAUGACUCUACCAAGUUUGUUCAAAUUUUUUCAAUUUGUCUAGAAACCUGGCUGAGUUAGUGUCAUAUUCACUUUCCUCUAUGUAUUUAACUUUAAGAAUCUUGACAGAAACUGCUGGCCUGUUUUCAAAACAAUUUCUCACAAAUCAUUCUUUGGUGACCCUCUUCCAGGAUUUUUUAAAUUAAUCUGAUUAUUCAAAAUAUUUGGAUGCCAGAGACCAUGGUCAUUUUCCUAUAUGUAUAUAGAGGGAACAUCAAAAGCCUCUUCAACUGCUUUCCAAAUUCAAAGUAAUUUUACACAAAUGCUUUAUGGUGACUCUUCACUAAGAGUGUUAAAAUUAUUCCAAGUCAUUAAAGUAUAGGAAUGACCACCAAAGGUAUAAAUAUACAAACCUUCAGGCAAGGUAAUAACUUGAUUUCAACAAAAUUUCGCAUAAAGCGUUUGUUUGGCGACCCUCUUCAAACAUUAUUAGAAUAAUUCAAAUUUAUUAUAAAGAAAUCAGAGCCAGAGAAAAAAUAAUUUUCAACAACAACAUCUAAAGCAAUGACUUAAGUUUUAAAAGGAUUUCAUACAAAUGAGCCUUGGGUGACCCUCUAUCAAGUGUUCAAAUUAUUUUUAUUCUGCAAAAAUCGUGACUGCCAGAGGGUUUGAUCACUUCUUCCUAUAUGUUGAAGUGGGAAAAUGUAAAAAAAUCUUCUUAUCAGAAAUUGCUUGCUCAAUUUUGAAGUAACUUCAGAUGUUUCAUUGCUAACCCUCUGCCAAAUUGUUUGAAUUAACAUAAUUUGUCAAAAACAUUGUCACCAGAGAGCAGGGUUCAUUUUCCCUAAAUGUACCGGUACAUAAUGGAAGCUUUUAUGAUCAACUUUUCCCAAACUGCUUGUCUGCUUUCAAAAUAAUUUUACGCAAACUUAUUGCGACACUUUACCAAGAUUGUUCAAAUUACAUGUAUUCCAAUUCAUUAAUAACAUGGCUGCCAGAGCUAAAAGUAGAAAGUAUUCAAAUGCCAUAUCUCCUCCAGGACCACUGUUCCAAAUUAGAAAUAGAAAUAAUUUCAUAAAUAUGUUUCUUGAAUUAACCUUCACUACAGUUUGUAAAGCUGUCUUAAUAAUUUAUCAACAAAAAACAUAGCUGCUUGUGGAGGGGCUAUAGUAUUCCCUAUAUGGCAUGUGGAAAACUUUAAUAAGUCUUAUUUUUAUUGUUUCUCAACAAAAACAGCAAACAGACAGUUAGUUGCCUCAGUGUGCUUUGUCAUUGUUAGUUUUUAUUGUUUCUGUUUAUUUUCUUUUAUUAUCAAAGAGAGGUUGAUGCAUCAUAUAUUUUAGUUACAAUGACACUGUGUGUUGUUUUUAUUGAAGUGAUAAAUAUAAUUGCUAUGAUUUUUAUUUUAUUUUUAUUUCAACUAUGAUAUGAAAGGGUAAAUAUGAAUUUUAUCGAUAUGCGGCAUUAAAUUGCUUGAAAAAUUUAUAUGCUGAAUUUGAAAUAACUAGAAGCUAUUUACACAGUCACAGGGAUUCGCAUUUAAUAAAUUGUUUAAUUUACUUUAAUAAUAAUGUGCAUCAAACUGUAUACAUUUUAUUAAAUUUUGCAGUAACAAAUAAAACUUAAAUAAAAGAAAAGCAAAUGACAGGUCCUUACUAUGGUUGCCAUGGUUACCACCUUUUAUGUAUUUAAUUAAAAGCUGCAUUUUAUGAUAAGGAAUAUCUUGGCCUAUUUAUUCUGAUCAUUAUCAUGAAGUUCAGAGGACUGGCCAAAAACAGCCAUUCUAACAUGACCUGAUUUGUUUUCCUAUUAAACAAGGAAGGCUGAAAACUGUGUGUUAUUAUUCAUUAAUUCAUUUUUCUGACGUCACAAUUAUUACUUCAUAGUGUUAGAUGGCAUAGCGACGCACUGGAAAAGAAUUCAGUAGAAAUCAGGCACAUAAUUAUUGGAUGGAUAUUGUGAAGGACAUACAUAAUAAUCCUUGAUAACAUGUUAGAAUUGAAAUAGUGUAUCUCAAACAGUGAUUUGCUCAUGAAUAAAAUCAUUGUUUGUCGUUUAGAUGCGUAUUUUUAGAUCACUCGGGCUGUUCCCUUGUGAUGUAAUUUCUUCACAUCUAAACUCCAAACUAUGAUUUUAUUCAAUGACAAAUCACUGUUUGGGAUAUAUUAUUUCUUAAUUAUAGUCCUCACGCCUUUAUAAUGCUGAAAUUGAAAUAACUAUAAGCUGUUUAUAGAUUGGCAGUCAAUAUUAUUGACUUGAUUUUUUUUACAUUUGAUUUACACCUGCCUUAAGACUGGGGCUUAUGGUGAAUUAUGGAGGUUGUGUUUGUUGUUCAUCCAUAAAAGUUUCUCGUGUUUUCUUGUGUUUGAUAUGUUUUCUUGUGUUUGACAAGACAACUGGUUUAGAAGAUGAAAAUGAAAUAAAAGGAAAGUCAUGAAAGCAGAUUUAAGACAAGAUAUUUUAGUGAAAUGCGGGCAUCACAAUCUGAAAUCAUGAAGAAAACAGUUCAUAGUUUUUAGCUCACUGGAACUGAAGGGUGAGCUAUUAGUAUAGCUGGAUGGUCCAGCAUCUGUCAUCAUUUGUCUGUCAUUUACAAUUUACAUAAACAUCUCUGAAACUACUGGUCAGAAUUAAACCAAAUUUUGCAUGUAGCAUCCUUGCAAAGUCCUCUCUAAGAUUUAUCCAAAUGAGGGUGCUUGGCCCUUUUUAGGGGCUGCUAGAGAUAGGAAAUAGGAAAACCUCAGAAUUAUAUGUAGCUCAUGCACUACCUGAUUGAUUUUCAUCAAACUUGAUAUGUAGCAUCACUGUAAUGUCCUCUUCUACUUGCAGUAGACCAAAUUUAGUCUUUUUUGAAGGAUUUAGUCUCUGUUUAAAAAAAUAAAAUGAGAAAAAAAAUAAGAAUAACAUUUUUAUAAUCCUGGCCUCAGUAGGAUUCCUUUCUAUAGGUUCUGAAUACUCAUGUUGGGGAUCCAAAUAGUAAAUUUGUCCAAAAAUAUCGUAGGCAGAGUACCCUGUUCAGAAUAUGUAUAUGCGCUAAUGUAUAUUAUUGUAUAAAACAAUUGUCAAUUUACUGAUAUAUACAUUUAAUUUUGGAAAAGGACUGCAUUUUGGAUAGUUUAAUGCCUUUAAAAACUAACCAUUUCAAACAACUGUUACCUAUCUUCAUUUUGAUGCAUUUGCGAUAAUGUCCCAGUGCUGAAAUUUCACAUACCUAGGUGAAAUUGUUUGGGGUUUUUUCUUUGCAGAUGGUAUUCAUGUUUAAGGUACUUCUACACAUUAGGAUCAAAACUUUUUCUACAAUGUAGACUUUGAUUAAACCAUGAUUUUUCAAAACUUCAGAAUAUGUUUCAAAAAAAUUGGCAAAUAAAAAACAUAGGGUUGUGUGCUUGAUUUUUUGCUACACUGAUUUGAAAAAUUUGAACCUCACACAAGUUUUCAUAAUGGAAGUCUGUAUGGGAAAAUCACAAUUUUGAUGACUUUUUUGCACAUAAAAAUUUGUCUGCUAAUGUUGAUUUUAAUGAAACUUGUUGAAGUCCUGAAUAAACAUAUGUUCUAUGAUAUGGUGGAAUAAAAUGUAUAGGUCUGUGUACUUGUUUUUGAGAUAUUUGCCCAUGAUUAGAAAUCCGCACAUUUCAAGGUGAUUUCUAGACUUAAUUUGGACUUAUUCAAUGUAUCAAAUGUUUUAUAUCAUAUUAUACCUUUUAAAAGAUAAUAAAAUUGUUGUUUUAAUAAAAUUAAUCAUAGGUUGCCAUUAAUUUAAUAAGAUGACUUUCAUUUCCAUAUACCAAGUCCAGGCUUUAUUCUUUCUUUUCUGGAUAAAUUACAUUAAACCAUUACUUAUGGUUUAUCAAACAUGCAGAACUACCUUAAAGGGGGACAACUUUUUUAUCAUACUUUAUGUAUCAAUUUGUACAGGACAGUAUAUUAUAACAUAUUCUGGACAAGUAGAUUGUUGGUAAAGAUGUUUGUUUACCAAAUAUUUUUGUGUUUUGGUAAUAUACUCCUAAACCUUAAUAAACGGUCUAAAAAGUCAUCAGGGUGUAGGAGAAAUGGAACAUGAUAUUUAGAAAAUGGAUGCACUAUUUACCUUACUUCUGUUAUAGACUGUCAGGAAAGAGUGUUUAAAAGGGUAAGAUAAGCAUUUUGUGGCAAUUGUUUAGAUGAGAGAUUUUCACUAAGAGAGCUGAAAAAGGUCCGACCGAAUUGGGUCUCUUGCCUGUAUGGAUAGAAUUUGUGAAACUAUUUGAAUUUGUAACUUUUAAAUUUACUCAGAUUCUCAUAAAUAUUAUAUAAGAAGUGAAAGCAUGUAUUUGAACUGCAUUCAAACUUCUAUCAGAAAUACUCUGGGUGAGUGACUCAGGAAUAUUGUUUUUUAGAGAUGUAAAUUUGCUUUAUCAUAAUAAUCUUUAUACAGAUAGCUUUAAUUUAUGUUGGUUUUAUGUACUUGCAAUAUUAUUAAAGAUAUUUUCUCACACAA